UCUAAAGUCCAAACCCGUCUCUCCUCUGCUUUCUUCUCGUACCUCAACUCCUCAAGAGCAGUAGCCUUCGAUCUUGGCAGGUCUCGAUGGGGUGCCGGCCCACCGUCGCCAUGCUGCUAGUGCAGGUCGGCUUCGCCGGCAACAACCUGCUGUCCAAGAUGGCGUUGGACAGCGGCGCCAGCCCAUACGUGCUCAUCUCCUGCCGGAGCCUCAUAGCCGCCGUCUUCCUCGCGCCCUUCGCCGUCUACUUCGAGAGGAAUAAAUGGGCGAUGAUCACCAAGAAAGUAAUUAUCCAGAUACUCAUUUCGUCCACUCUCGGCAUGGCGGUGAGCGAGGUGCUCUUCUUCGUGGGGUUUCAGUCCACCGGCCCGACCGUGGCCUGCGCGAUUGGCAACAUCGUCCCCGCCCUCACCUUCGCCAUAGCCGCCGCGCUGAGGAUGGAGGCUGUGCGGCUCGGGACUCUCGCCGGGAAGGCAAAGGUGGCCGGCACGCUCGUCUGCGUGGGCGGCUCCAUGAUCAUGCCCUUGUACAAGGGCCCGCUCCUCAAGGUCCCGGCCUCCCCUGUCCACUGGCGCUACGCGGAGCACGCCGCCAUCGUCGCCGCGGAGGUGCCACCGGCCAGUACUGGCCUCGGCGACGCCCUUGUCAUCCUCAGCGCCGUCGCCUGGGCCGCCUGGCUCGUCAUGCAGAACAAGGCGUCGGAGGAUUUCUCGGCGCCGUACACCAGCACGACGAUCAUGUCCCUCAUAGUAUCGGUCGAGUGCGCGGUCGUCAGCGCCGCCGUGGACCGGAGCCUCGCCGUGUGGAACCUUGGGCUCGGCAUCAGGCUCUACACCGUGCUCUACAUGGGGAUCGUUGGCUGGGGUGUCACGUUCGCAGUGAUGGCGUGGCGCAUCCAGGUGCGCGGCCCGCUCUUCGUCUCCAUGUUCAACCCAGUGGUGCUCGUCGUCGUCGCCGUUCUCGGGUGGGCUAGCCUCGACGAGCAGCUGCACGUCGGAAGUGCGAUAGGUUCUGCUCUCAUUAUUGGUGGGUUGUACAUGGUGCUGUGGGGCAAGGGGAGUGAGAUGAGCAGACCGGCGGCCCUAGUCGACGGCAAAGGUGGAUCGGAGAUCACCGCGAAGGGCCCGGAGCCGAAGAACGACCACGCCGAUUCCUCCUUGCUGGUUUGAUAUAGUAGGCUGUUAUUCCAAUUUGGAGCUGAUGUACCACGCUUUCGACACAUUCAUUGCGUGACUAAUGAAAUGCAAAUCAUACAUUGCGUGAUCGGGUGCGAGUUGCAAGUCAUCGCUCAUUGUCAUUUGAAUACAAACCAAGCUAAUGCCAAGAUCAUUUUAGUACUAA